AUGAAGGAGGACGCUGGGGAUUAUGAGGAGGACGCUGCAGAUGUUGUGGAGAAGGAGGAGGAGGCGGAGAUAAUGGGGAAAGUGGUUGGUGAUAAUGAGACUGGUGGUGGAGGUAUUGUGAGGCGGAUGAUGUGGUUGUGGUUGUGGUUGUUGUCGUGGUCGUAG